AUGACAUCUGCAUUGCGGGGCAAACAGGCUGGCAACGGAAUUGAGAUGUGGGGUGCGACACUCUAUGACUUCUACCACGUUAAGCGUUUCCCAAGUGUGCCGGGCUAUAUUUCUUCCUCCACGGGAAGCAGAAUUUCGAAAUGGAUGCGCCAGGUUGGCGAGCUCAUAGCGGAUGAUGAACUCUAUUGGGCCGAUAACGAGGAGGAUCCCAAGGAGAUACCAGUAGCUGAUAUCGGGGAACUGAUAAGUUGUUAUGAUAGGCGCGUCGCAUUGGGCAUAUUCAAUCGGUUUUCCAGCGCGAAACAACAGACAGGUAAACCUCUGCCAAAGAUCGACUCGCCCUUCCAUCCCGUCCAUUAUCCCUCUCCAUAUCCCUUCAUCCCUUGCACGCACGACGGGCCUCCGAUACUCCAACAACGUGUUCCUUUGCACCUCCUUCCUCAAAAGCUCCAUGUCCAUGACCCUUGGAACAAAUUAACCGUCCUCAAGGGCGAUCUAGAUCACACGACUCCAUGGCUUUCCAAAGUUGCCAAUGGACGAGGCAUCACCCGAACCUAUUCCCUCUCCCUCGCACCGGGAGGCAAGAAGGCUGCAUUGAAGGCGCAGAAACUGGCUGAGAUGGCAGAAGACAAAGAAGCGAAGCAAAAGAGGGUGCUGCGCAUCUUCCCUGCUGACAAGGAGGGACCGAUGAAAGAGCCGCUGAUUGAAGUUGUACUCCCACCACAACCCCGGAAGAGGGCACAAGUGGAAGAAUCUCAUCUCUACCUUUCACCUUAUCCAGUGGGCGUCGGUAAUCAUUCAGUUGUGCACAGUGCGGAGUGGGAACUUCCGCGCGACCUUUUUGUGGAGGCUCGUCUGUGCAGAGCUUGCGUGGAGGAGGACAUCCGCCAACAGGUCCAGAAGUUGAAGGACGAGGGAAAAUGGGAAGCACUCUUAAAAGACCCAACAGAGAAACCUGAAGAAACGCUGCACAGCGACCCGGAACUAUUCUUCAUUGAACAUCCAGGGGUCAUCCGUAUCGCAUCCGAUUACGCUGGGCCAGCUAUUCGCGUGCACACUACUGUGAAGUGGCGAGGCCCCUCGGAAGCACACUGCAAACACGGUAGUUUUGACUCGGGGCCCUUGCCACGCACCGCGAUAGUCCGUGUUGUUGCAAAACUCUCGAUCCCAGGCGACCUCCACCUCGCUCGAGAGGCUAAAAACUAUCAAUCGUUCCCUGACCACUUCUUCCAACACUGGAACGGAUAUAACGUCACACCCCCUCUACACGAUCCUGUCCCCAUCGGAGCACUCUGCCCACAGUUCUACGGGUAUUACGAACCUGACGAUCCAAUUGACGGCACGAAGUCGGAUCAGUGUGAUUAUCUGAGUCCAAUAUUACUCAUGGAACACUGUGGCAGAAAGGUAGAUCCAGAAGCGCUGUGCCUGGACGACAAGCAAGAGUGCGCGUCGCUUGUCUUGCGCUUUCAUCAUGCAGGGUGGUUGCACGAGUCAUUUGCAGCGCGGAACAUCCUGUGGCAGCAGGGCAAGCCAACGGAGUGGCCAAUCGAGCGGCAAAGCUCGGUCAAGAAGAGCUUCCGCCUCAUAGACUUCGGUAGAUCGAAGAAAUUGGAUUGCGCGAUAUCCGAAAGGAUGACGGAGGGAGAAAUAGCUUUUCGGUUGCUCCACUUGCUGCAUCACGGAGUGGGCCGUUGA